UCCAUUUUCUUUUGGUGCAGAGAAAAGUCUUCAUCUUUUGUCGUCUACUACUGAGAGAGAGAGAAGACGAUCCAACCAUCUGUCUUUCUUCUUUUUGUUCACUCCUGCAACUCCCUUUUCUCCCGUCGCCACUUUCCCGGAAAAUCUCAUCCUCUUUGCAUAAAAAUUCAAACUUUGUCCAUUUCCUUUAGCUAAAGGAGCUUUUAUGUAAUCAAUUCGAUAUCUCUCCUCACGCGAUUCGCAUCUUUCAUCUUAAUCUCUCUGUGAAUUCAAUAGUUUCCGGUUUAGGAAAGUUUAGGAAUUAGGGGUUUCUUGUGCUAAUUUUGGAAAGAAGAUGGCUACUAUUCUAAGCAAGUUCUCACCUUUACCAUUACCAAUCCCUAAUGAUGAUGAAGAUGAGUUUAGUUAUAGUUUCCAGACUGAUAUCUCAUUCGCCGACGAGUACACAGGCCCUAGUAUCGCUAAUGUGCCACGAGCUAACCCUCUCGAAGUCGAUGAGAUUCCUACAGCUCAUCCCGUUUCUUCCUCUAACUUGUCUAGUGGUCUCUCUUACCCUGUGGUCCAGCCACUCGUUACAGUUACCAAGAAGCCACCUGAAGCUAGUCCUAGUGUUGUUUUGAGGCCGCAUCAUGUGGUUUCUGGCUCCUCAUCAUCAUCAUCACCAUCAGAGAGGUUGGAUCUAGAAGAAGAAACUAAUAGCUCAGUUGAUUUAUCUGGUGAAGUAAUAGAGGAUGCAUUAGAUGAUUGUACCAGUGAAGUGAAUGCAAACCGUGUGAGAUUCGUUAGUGAAUGUGACGAAAGCUCUUACAUGACCGAUGAGGAGAGUGUAGCUGCAGCGCAGCCUAGAGCUGAGAGGAAAGGCAAGAGAGGGUCGUGUUACCGAUGCCUGAUGGGGAACAGGUUCACUGAGAAGGAACUCUGCAUCGUCUGCGACGCCAAGUACUGUUCAAACUGUGUGAGGAGAGCAAUGGGUGCGAUGCCUGAAGGGAGAAAGUGUGUGACUUGCAUUGGUCACAGAGUCUCUGAGUCCAAUAGAAAGAGCCUCGGAAAGUGUUCGAGAAUGCUGAAGCGGGUGCUCACUGAUUCAGAGCUUCAGAGAGCUAUGCAUGAUGAGGUUACUUGCAAGGCGAAUCAGUUGUAUGCGCGGCUUAUCUCUGUCAAUGGAAGGCCUUUGAGUGAGGAAGAGCUUGACAGGUUGCAGACUUGUCCAAAUCCACCUAAGAAGCUUAAACCUGGAGACUAUUGGUAUGAUAAGCUUGCUGGCUAUUGGGGAAAGGUAGGAGAGAAGCCUUGUCAGAUAAUAAGUCAUAACAUGAACAUUGGAGGUGCCAUCAUGGAGAAAGCAAGCAAUGGUGACACUGAGAUUUUUAUUAAUAGCCGGGAAAUAACCAAGACAGAGCUCAUGAUGCUCAAGAUGGUGGGGGUGCAAUGCGAAGGAAAGCCUCAUUUUUGGGUCGACGCAGAUGGAACUUACCAAGAAGAAGGUCAGAACCGUAUCAUGGGGAACAUCUGGAGUAAGAAAAGAGCUAGGCUUGCUUGUGCGGUGCUCUCUCUACCAAUUCCUCAAACUUCAUCUGCAGUAGAACCAAGUGAUGAACCCACAUCAUAUAACCCGAAAAUGCUUAACAGGCUUCUUCUGAUUGGUAACGAGAAAUGUGGCGCCACUACCAUUUACAAACAAGCAAGGUCUCUGUACGAAGUCUCAUUUACUAAAGACGAGCGCGAGAGAAUCAAGUUCAUAAUCCAAACAAACCUCUACGAUUAUCUCGCAACGGUCCUUGAGGCACACGAAGAAGAGAUGAACACUAACCAGGCCAAUACGGAAGGCGAGACCAGUUCUGAAACAGUUAGCUCAAUGAGUCCGAGGCUUAAGCAUUUUUCAGAUUGGCUUCUGAAAGAAAAGGAAGAAGGAAACCUCAAGAUCUUUCCAGCAUCAAGCCGUGAGAAUGCACAAACCGUUGCAGAUCUAUGGAGAGUACCAUCCAUUCAAGCUACAUACAAGAGACUUCGCCAUACACUUCCUAGAAACGCUGUUUAUUUUCUUGGACGAAUUCUUGAGAUCUCGAGAUCAGAAUACGAUCCUUCUGAUAUGGAUAUAUUGAAAGCUGAAGGACUGUCGUCUACGGAAGGACUUUCUUGUGUGGACUUCUCAUUCCCAUUAACCACUCAAGAAGGCUCUCUUGAGGAUUAUUAUCACCACGAUCCAAAGAUGAAGUACCAACUCAUCCGGUUAAAUCACAGAAGCCUUGGAGAAAACUGGAAAUGGCUGGAAAUGUUUGAAGACGCUGACUUGGUGAUAUUCUGUGUCUCACUAACAGAUUAUGGAGAAUACGUAGAAGACUCUGACGGUGUUCUUGUGAACAAGAUGAUUGCAAACAAGCAGCUCUUUGAGAGCAUGGUGACUCACCCGAGCCUAGCUAACAAAAGGUUCCUCCUGCUUCUGACCAAAUUUGAUCUCUUAGAAGACAAAAUCGAGGAGGUUCCUCUAAGAACAUGCGAGUGGUUCGAAGACUUCAACCCGUUGAUCAGCCAGAACCAGACCAGUAGACACAACCCUCCGAUGGCUCAGCGUGCUUUCCACUACAUAGGGUUUCAGUUCAAGAGACUGUAUGACUCGCUUUCGAUGCGUAGAAGGAGCUUUAAACCGAAGCUGUUUGUUUCUCAAGUGAGCUUGGAGAGUGAUUCUGUGGACAAUGCAUUGAGGUAUGCGAGAGAGAUUCUCAAGUGGCAUGUUGAAGAAGGAUCCAUUUUCCAAGAGACCUCCACUACUAGCUUCGAGGCCAGCUUAUCCUCUUGAUUCUUCCAAAUUUUUUUAAAAAAUUUCUUUAUUAAUUCUUGUAUGUAAUAUGUUUGUAUGAUGUGUGUGUGUGUGUGCACAAUAGUUAAUCUUCACGAGUAGGAGAAGAAACAUACAUGUGAUUUGAUUUGUCUGAGAGAAAUAAAGUGAUUAUAGAUUUAGUCUUUU